AUGUUAUUCACAGUCGACCACAUCAAUCGUAAUUCAAACAUUUUACCCGGUAUUAAACUCGGGGCUGCAAUUUAUGACACGUGCGCAAGAGCAACGUACGCUUUAGAACAGUCGCUUGAAUUUGUACGGGCUUCAAUCAGUACAUUAGACGCAUCAGAGUUCGAAUGCGAUGACGGCUCGUUGGCCAAAGCAAAAUAUAUACCAACAGCCGUAGCUGGUGUUAUUGGCGGUUCGUCCAGCAGUGUUUCUUUGCAAGUAGCCAACUUACUGCGACUGUUUCAUAUUCCCCAAAUCAGCUAUGCUUCGACAAGCGCAGCCCUGAGCGACAAAACAAGGUUCGACUAUUUUGUACGGACGGUACCUCCAGAUACAUUCCAGGCCAUUGCAAUGGUGGACAUUGUAUCGGCAUUUAACUGGACAUACGUGUCGACUGUGGCCUCACAAGGAGAGUACGGUGAGUCGGGUAUAGAUUAUUUUCAGCAGGAGGCCCGCCAGAGAAAUAUUUGCAUAGCAACGACAGUCAAAAUCCCGACCAACUCGAAGAGUAACACUUUCAGUUACCUUAUAAGUAGACUCUUGGAAAAAAAGAACGCACGGGUAGUGAUUCUGUUCGUUCGAAUCGAGGACGCCACUCGGAUUUUGGAGUCGGCAACAAAAAUGAACGUAACAAAUCAUUUUGUCUGGAUUGCUAGUGACGCGUGGGGGCGUCAACCCCAUCCGGUAAAGCGGAAUGAAGCGGUGGCUGAAGGCGCAUUGACUAUAGAGCUAACAUCAGCUCUCAUACAUCCGUUUAACGAUUAUUUUAGACAGCUGGAUCCGUAUUUAAAUACACGAAACCCCUGGUUCCGAGAAUACUGGGAGAAAGUCCACGACUGCAAAUGGAUGACAGAAGAAAGAUCAUCCCUCCCAUCUCUAGAUUCGAUACCCGAACGAAUUUGCAACGGGGAUGAGAAAAUGAACCCAGGUGAAUAUAAACAGGAAAGCAAAGUACAGUUCAUUUAUGACGCAGUAUACGCAUUGGCAAUCGCACUUCAUCGAAUGCAGAAAGACCUUUGCCCAAAAUCCGUGAGACUUUGCGACCAAAUGAAGAAAAUUGACGGCGAGGUGCUUCUUAAAAAGUAUCUCCUCAAUACAUCAUUUGAAGAUGGCUACGGUGCUCGGGUCGAAUUUGAUGAACAUGGCGAUGCACUCGGCCGCUACAUGAUCUUUAACUACCGCUACAACAAAACAAAGAAGGCCUACGAAUAUAAGAACGUUGGAACGUGGAGUACGAACGGCCUUGAAUUGAGUGAAGAUGAUAUAACCUGGAGCGGUGGUAUAUCGAAUAUUCCUGUUUCACGAUGCAGUCGUCCGUGUAAUUAUGAUGAAAUCAAGUCAGUUCACGACACUUGUUGUUGGAUUUGUAUCAAGUGCCAAGAUUGGGAAUACCUUUAUGAUGAAUAUACGUGUAAGGACUGUGGCUUAGGACGCUGGCCGAACGCCACCAAGCGCAGUUGUUUCGACUUGGAAUUACAGCAUAUGACAUGGGACAGUAUCUAUGCCAUUGUACCGAUGUCACUCUCCUGCCUCGGUAUAAUCGGCACGGUCACUGUGAUUGUGACCUUCGUCCGCUACAAUGACACGCCUGUGGUCAUGGCAUCGGGCCGCGAAUUGAGCUACAUGCUCCUCAGCGGCUGUCUCUUUUGUUAUCUAAUGUCAUUUAUUCUGAUCGCUAAACCAUCAAUGUUUAUUUGCUCGGUACAGCGAAUUGGCGUCGGUUUUGGUUUCGCUAUCAUAUAUUCGGCGCUUCUUACAAAAACUAAUCGAAUAUCCCGGAUAUUUUACAACGCCCGGCGUUCGGCCCGGCGACCUCCGUUCAUCAGUCCACGCUCUCAGAUAGCCAUUGCUAGUAUUUUAAUUUCGAUUCAAAUCGUAUUUACCGUGAUCUGGUUGGUGCUCGAACCGCCUGGUACCAGACACUACUUCCCUUAUAACAAAAGGAACGAAGUUAUUCUUAAGUGCAAAACACGAGAUAUCUCCUUCCUUGUUUCAUUAAUAUACAAUAUGCUCCUCAUUAUCAUAUGUACUGUUUACGCAGUCAAGACACGAAACAUACCAGAAAAUUUUAACGAAUCAAAAUUCAUAGGAUUUUCAAUGUAUACAACUUGCAUUAUCUGGCUAGCAUUUGUUCCAAUAUAUUUCGGAACGCUAAACGCAUUCCAGGAAGUCAAUUCCCAAUGGCCCGACGAACCGUCACGACUAGGGACUACUUCAGCUGUAGUAGAUAUAGAUGACGCCCUCCCUGUCUUGCCGCGCUUUGGCGCUCCACGACACCAGCUCUCGGAACCUUCGUGCCCAUUGGAACAAGCGAUCUCUCCCGCUCAUUUCACCGGGUGCAGUCUUCGUAUACUAGUCUCUGCUGUAUCUACCCUGUUUCACUUUGACUUCUCUAUCACUCUCUUUCUCGUCAUUCUCAUUUUAAUUCCUCCCCAAUUCCUCUCUCUCUCUCUCUCUCUCUCUCUCUCUCUCUCUCUCUCUCUCUCUCUAACACACGCACUCAGUCUCGUUUCCGCUUCGGCUCUUUUUUCGCUUUCUUCUUCUGUUAGUCUAUAUCUCUCUUUAUCUUUCUUCACUAUCUUUUCUCUCUCUUCUUUCUUUCUUUCUCUCUUUCUUUCUUUCUUUCUUUCUCUCUUUCUUUCUUUCUUUUUUUCUCUUUCUCUCUCUUAUUUUCAGCCUCGUUUCCGUUAUCUUGAAGCUAACGGCAUGAUAGAACGUUUUCACUGUUCUCUGAAUCAAUCCCUGAAAACAGCACUGAUCUAUACUUCCUGGCUUCAGAAUAUUCCUAACUCUCUCUCUCUCUCUCUCUAUCUAUCUAUCUAUCUAUCUAUCUCUCUCUCUCUCUAUCUCCCUCCCUCCCGGAUUUCCUCUUUCGAACUGCUGAAAUGGAAUUUCCACUGUGAAGCUAAAAGGGCUGUUCUUGUUCCUCCUUUUUAUCUCUUGUCCUCUUUCUGUCGCCCCUCUUUCACUGAUCCUCGUAUUUUCUCCCCCUGUCUCUGUCUAUAUCUCUAUUUCACUUCCUUCAAUCUCUCUCUCUCUCUCUCUCUCUCUCUCUCUCUCUGUCUGUGUUAUGAUAGGGGUGGUAGGUUCCUACACAACACUCUCUAUCUAUCUAUCUAUCUAUCUAUCUAUCUAUCUAUCUAUCUAUGUAUCUAUCUAUCUAUCUAUCUAUCUAUCUCUCAUUAUCAAUCUCGUUUCCGUUUCGGCUUUUUAGUUCUUCUUUUCUCUAUGUGUCAUUCUUUUUUCUUUAACGCUUCCUGCUUUCUCCUUCUGUUUGUCCGUAUAUCUCUCUCUCUUUCUUCACUAUGUUUUCUCGCUCUGUCUUUCUCUCGUUGUCUCUCUCUCUCUCUAUCUAUCUAUCUAUCUAUCUAUCUAUCUAUCUAUCUAUCUAUCUCUCAUUCCAACCCUCUCUCCAUGGAAUCGAUUGUCUUCCCUUUCGCUUUUCAUUUUUUUAAUUUUGUUUCUUUUUCCCUUUUGUUUCUUUUUUCACUUGUGUUUCUUUUUCACUUGACUACCUUUUAG